UGAGAUGUGGGGUUCUCUGUGUGUGUCUUCUUGUAUUUACUUUUUAGCUUGUAGAAUAGAUGUCCGCUUGUAGGACAGAUGGCGUGACCGGAUCGGUCCUUAUAAGGCAGACAAUGUGAAUGGUGGAAGAGAGAGCACAGGAAAAAUGAAGAUAAAAUAUUAUCUGAGAUAACACACCUGCGACCGAAGGGAGAGCCAGUUUGAACCCAUUUUCAGGGCAAGGCCGAAGGCUGCAGGAGAGAGUACCAGACACUCAUUGUUGUGGGAAGGCGUUUGUUACAGAAGGAUGAACUGGGUUGAACCAACGUUCAAGGGCACCAGAGGGAUUAAAACAGUGGAUUCUUCUAUCAACCAACUCGGGUGGAUAAGGAAUAUCCUAACAAUUUUGGGGGCUCGUCCGGGAUAGGAGUUUUCCUGCAGGGGGAAUUCGGUCCAAGAGCUUUCACCUGCUGAACACUGCGUACUCCCAGGCCGGCCUCAAAACAAGGUAAGCAGAAACCUGUUACUAAUUCUGCAUAUUGAUUAAUCUAAAAUAAGGAGUACGCUGUGGAUUGGUGGUGAAGGAACCAAAUUGAUACAUGAGCAAUUCGCUAAAGUUAAUAUUAAGGAAACCGGUAAAAGUGCACAACAAUAGUACCGGCGAGUACUAUUGGGUUUAGUAGGUACCGGCGAGUACCAAGGGAUCUUCUAUCCGACACAAAUUAAAGGAUCAGGGAUCCUAUUGGGUUUAGUAGGUACCGGCGAGUACUAUUGGGUUUAGUAGGUACCGGCGAGUACCAAGGGAUCUUCUAUCCGACACAAAUUAAAGGAUCAGGGAUCCUAUUGGGUUUGGUGGGUACCGGCGAGUACCAAGGGAUCAAUGAUCUGACACAAAUAAAAGGAUUUUGAAUCCUAGUCUUUGGUUUGGCAACCCCAUCAGUUCCUGACGAGGGCUGAAGUCGCUAGGUGAGUGUCCUGGGGAUUUGAGGACCCCCGAAAACUGGUCUUUGGUUUGGCAACCCCAUCAGACCCUGACGAGGGCUGAAGUCGCUAGGUGAGUGUCCUGGGGAUUUGAGGACCCCCGAAAACUGGUCUUUGGUUUGGCAACCCCAUCAGACCCUGACGAGGGCUGAAGUAGCUAGGUUGGAGUCCUGGGGAUUUGAGGACCCCCGAAUCCCAGGGUUGGAGUCCCUAGGAGUAAAAGCUCCUUAAAUCCUGGGCUGCAGUCUCUGAGCAGCUCGUGUGUGUGUGUGUGUGUGUGUGUGGGUGCAAGCAAGCAGGAGAGUGAAAAAAAAAAAAAAAAAAAAAGAGGGGAAACUGAGAACAUAGACGGUCCGAGAGGUUUAUAUAAACUUUCGGUGUAAUACAUUGAUGACCGAGAGGUUAACAUAAACUUUCGGUGUAAUACAUUGAUGACCGAGAGGUUAACAUAAACUUUCGGUGUAAUACAUUGAUUCUCGGAAGGUUAAGAUAAACUUCCGUUAUAAUGCAUUGAUUUCGAAGGGUUAAAAUAAACCUUCGUUAGAAUAAAAGAAUUCUGGAAGUAUAACAUAAGUUCUCAGAACAAACGGGGAAGCUUGCUGGAGCUGCGGAGAACAUUUACUGUGUCACACUGAGGUGACCAGCUGUCCGAGCGGGUUAAAGCGAUAUAACUGGGAACUGUUGUUGGAAUGGAAGAUGAAUAUGAUCGGGAAACUGUUGACGGCGGCUGGGGGCCAGCGCCGGGGUAUCGAUGGAAAAUAAUAAACGACCAGCUGAGGCUGUUGUUGGUGGCGGUGGGUGGAGAGACCACCGGGAAAAAGAAGCAUGAGGCUGUGGAGCGCACGGAACGCGCAGUGAGAAAGUUGUUAGAAAAGAAAGGCGUUAGUUUGGCAGACAGGCUGUCACUGGCGCAGAUUUUGUGGGAGAAGGAGAGAGAUUGUAGAGAAGAAAAGAAGGAGCUUGAGUCGAAACGCGAGAAGGCGAGUGUGUUGAAAAAAGGAAAACUUCGUAAAGAGAUGGAGGAUGUGGAGGACAUGAGGUCCGCAUUGUUUUCGUACUGGAUAAAAAGUAAAGCCGUGGGGAGAAAUAACCAGGAACGGUGUAAUGAGGAAAGACCACCGGCAUACGAUGUUGAAAUAAACGGUGUGAAUUCGGCUUCUGCACCUGCUGGGUUGUAUCCUGUAUUAAAUAUAACGGGGGGAGAGUUGGAAGUUGAAGAAAGUGUACCACUGCGGGGUUGUCGGGGCAACGAGGUAACGGGGGAAAGCCGGCCUUUCGAAGCGCGUCAAAAUCGGGAGGGGUUUAAAGAAUGGACGGACUCACGCACUCCGGGGAGAAGGGACAGCUCAGAAGUGCAGCGGAGAAAUAAGGCGGAUAAGAGAAAGUAUUUAGCCGGGGCGAAUGAGCGGGUGAAAACACAAUUGAGAUACGGGGAAUCACCAGACAUGGGGGAGAGAGAAAAAAAAGGCUCUGCCUCGGCUCAGGAGGAGCAAAACGGGGAAUGCGGGAAUAACAGCGACCCAGAGAUUCACGGGGAACCGGGAAAAAUGUAUCCGUUAUUCAUGUCUUCUCGAGGGGUUAAUAAAUACAAGCCGUGGUCGCUGGGAGACGUGUCCGCUCUAGUCGCGCAAAUGCCUGCACCAUCUGAAGGGGGAGAUAAGUGGCUAAAACAACUCGAUACGCUUACUAACGGACACACGCUGGCGCUCGGCGACUUUAGGGCUGUAGCAGCCAGAUGCAUGACCGCACAUGAUUUAGCGGACGUGGAAAACAGAGCGGGGGUGACCCGACAAGCCGAUGACGACAGAUUUUUGUAUUUCGCGACGGAGAUCGGGGACGCAAUGCGCGAGAAAUGGCCACUUCUAAUGUCGACUAAAAUACCAAAAUUACCAUGGGACGCGAAGAAAACCCCGCGCGCGUAUUUGGACGAAUGUAAAGAGACCUGGGUGAAAAGCACUAGCCAUCAUCCGGGAACGGAGGGCAUACAGAGAGAAUGGUUCAGACAGGCGGUGCUGGAGGGAGUACCAGAGGGGGUAAAAGCUAAAAUGAUCACUAAUCCAGACUUGCCAGGAAGUGAAUCUGCUGUGUGGGAAAGACAUUUACUGCACCAUUUACAGGACGCGACUGAGGAAGCGACAGGGGAAGAGAAGCAGCUAAAAGAAUUACAGGCUCAGCUUCUUAGGCUUCAGCUCACUAAGGUCAAACAGGAAGUGAGCGACAAGAAGCAGAAAGGGAAAGACGAGCGACAGAUGACAGUCCAGGCUGCCCCAGCUGAAGGUAACGCCCCAGAUUUGUAUCCACUCCCACCAUGGGAGGAGACGUCGUAUGGGACAGCCCAGGGGUGGGGCCCAAACCGAGGGGGCGGUUAUCGGGGAGGUUACAGAAGUAAUUACAGGGGUGGCGCUGGUCGGAGAGGAUCAUACGGUGGGGGAGGAGAAAGAGGCGGCUACCAAGGGAGAGACGCUUGUUUCAACUGUGGUAUGGAGGGGCACUGGCGCAUGGAGUGUCCUAGCAAAAAGAAGAGACAGGGGAGGGGCAGGGGUGUCCCGUCUCAGGGGGCUUGGGCCCCCAAUCCACAUGCUGCGCCACCUAGGGGACAAUACCCUGCACUGGAGGACUGGGGCUAUGAGGCGGAUGCCUCUCAGUGACACACCCCGAUGGGAGACUCCGACAGCAGGGGCAGGGCAGACCCCAUGCUGUCACUCACGGUACUGCAACAACAACUUCCGUUUCUCGUUGACACUGGGGCCACAUACUCCACCAUACAAGCAGCGGGCUCGUCUGCUAUGUCCAAAGACAGUGUCAGCGUUAUGGGAUUCUCCGGGGUGUCACAGAAACUGCCUAUAACAGUCCCCCUACCGGUGAAAGUGGGAAAUCAGACAUUGACUCACUCUUUUGUUGUCUCACCUCAAGUUCCAGUGAAUCUUAUGGGAAGGGAUCUUCUCAUCAAAACAGGGGCUUCAAUCUUGUGCGGCCCGGACGGACUGAGUGUCACAUUGCUGGAUGGAACUGUGUUGCAUUGCAAUGACAAUGGACAGACUAAUGGCCAGUGGGUGAUGCAGCCACUGCAACAACAACAGUGCGCAGACAUCUACUGGGGCCUCCUAAAGCCUGAGUGUCCUGACAUCCCGGGGGUGAUGGCUCUUUACCAAAAGUGGAAGCCUUGGAUAACUCUUCUUGAUCCGUAUGUUUCUCCUCCUGACCCGCCUCAUGUAACAUUGUUCUAUGAUAGACAAGGGGAUGAUUGCUACUGGGAUGAAUUUAUGGGGCACUUAGAGAGCACUGAGUGGGAGGUGACGUCCCAAAACCUCUAUGUGGGCCCAGAAGGGGUAGCCGCAGCUGUUGUCCUCUCUCCUGAUCAAUUGAAAUGGUAUUUAAUGAGCCAAGAGGCGGUGCCACAUGUAUCGCUGGCUCUGCAUCCCAAACAUCAGGCUAAAGACUUGGGUCCAAUGACUAAACGAGCAGUGCUGCUAGAUGACUGGGUGUGCACUCAACUGCCUGAUGUUUGUUUUUCUCCUUCCGCUAAGAUGUACAGAAUUUCAGGGAAAGCGACU